AUGACGCCCGAACGGCGUCCUACCCGUUCGGCCAUGCGAGAGCUGGGCGUUGUCUUAGAUCCCGUCUCGCUCGAGCUUCCCACCAAGCGUCGCGCCAAACCCAAAAAACCGGAAGCAUCCACCGAAAACGCGCCCCCGACGUCGUCGUUGAACGAAACAACUCCCACUGCUUCCACUACGGCACACACCGUCUCUGGCACAGAGAUGAUCGACAUGUACCUGGGGGGCGAUGCGAGCGGCCUUGUGGAGGCACUCAGCAGCCCGCUCACCAUCUUGCCUACUCCAUCACCCGUGUCGGCGACUGCUAACCCGUCCGCUCCGCCCAACGACGACAAUCCCUUCAUAGUCCCCGAAGAUCCCGUCAGUCCUCCCGCCCCCACUGACAUGGAGGUCGACGCCCCUGCGGUUGCGAGCUCCUCGAAGUCUCCGAAUGCUUUCCCGCCCCUCGUCGGCAUGCUCCCUCCCCCUCAUCCGUUCGAUAAAAAAACCUACGUCCCCCUGGGUGCCGUCAUUCAACCCCUCAUCCGAUUGGAUCCUAUUCUACAACCUCUCCUCCAGCCCUCGCUCUCUCCAGCCACACCCUUUAGUCGGGGCUCCAGCACCUCUGUGGCAGGUACUCCCACUCCAGCCUCUCGGACAGCCUCGAAGACGCCGGCGCCUUCGAUGGGCGCAGCAACCCCUCUUGCAUCCGAGGAGGAGUCUGCGAUUCCUGCUCCGUCCUCUCCGCUUUCCACCCCUGUCGCAACAAACCCGACCUCAACGACGUCGGCGACCGGUUCCGGCGGCGGCGCGACAAACUCUCGCAAGGGAAGGCCCACCGAUUGGGCUCGUGCCAGGAUUCUGGAGUUGCUCGAGGCGUUGCUAAAGGCUUUCGCCGAGGUUGGGGUGAAGCAUGGGCAUACUCCUGGCGAGAUGGGGCACGCGUUUGAGAAAUGGAUGAAGGACCGGACCUUGUCCAUCCCUUUGGUCGAAGGGCAGGAUCAGCGUCUCCUCGAAGACUUCAAAGUCAUCAAGGAAUGCAUCUCACAGUGCGCGCUUGAGACGGGGACCUCUGUCGAGAAUCUCUUGGCCCGGUAUCACUCGGAAUACCUCGCAACCCCGCGUAAUCCCAACCCUUACAACCGGUUUCAAUCGCUCAUCAAGUACCAGAAAACCGCGAAGGAUUCCCAGAAGGAGAAGUCCGAUCUAUCCCAAGCCCCGAAAGUGGACGUCAAGGAGAGCUACCGCAAGGCCAAGAAGGCCGGAACACUCGAGCAGAAGCUUUCCAUCUGGGACACGCUCUCUGCCAUCGAUGGUCAGCAUCAAACUGUGCAGGCUCGCGAGAAGUUUUUCGACAACUUCACGUCAAUCGCCGAUAAGACGGUAGCGGAGGGCAGCAAACACCAUUUGGAGUCGCUUUUUAUCACGGUGGGUACGUCGAUCCAUCAAGACCAGGGUAUGGUCCAUGUGGCAAUGUCACCAGCGCUUGAAGGGUUCUUCGAAGAAAUGUGCGGUUGCUCGAAGGAUGAAAUCACCGGGCUGAUGCGCCUUUACGUGUGUUCGAAAAACAAAGGCGUCGACUCCCUGAAGGGCAUCGUCCGUUCCAACCUGCACGACAACAUUCGGUCCGUCACGAAGCCCUCCCCCGGAACCUCUUCCCUCAAGGUUGCGGGCCCGAAAGAAGCUGCCAACUCCCGGUCCUCGGCCCCAGCCAAGUCUGGACCCUCGUCGUUACCCGCCAAGGCCGGACCUUCGUCGAUGAUCGCCAAAGUUGCUCCCACCGCUGCCAAACCCACCCCCCCCACUGCCGCGAUCGUACGCCAAGUGAAUUUUACCAGCGCUCCCAACACCAUCGUCAUCAAAAAUCCUCACAAGGCCCUCAAUAAUCAUUUGGAGUUUGUGCGCUUGCUUUUCAUCGAGGUCAUGGGCCAUGUCGAUCCUGGCGUUUUGUAUGAAAAGACUCCGUGGAAACUGCUCCCGGGGAAAUUGGGUGAAGCGGGGUGGUGCUUGCGUAACUUCCCUGCUCCUGGGAGGUUGUAUUUGCCCGGGGAGGAAGAAAAGGCGGGGAAAGCUGGGCAGGGAAUAAAGGGUGUCCCGGCGCACCAAAGGAAACUUUUGGUUUCCCACGUCACGAGCGUUGGGGGGAAUUUGAUACUUGAGCGAGCGGAUGCCGUGGAAACGAGAGCUAACCGAGUUCCCGUGAUCAUUACGGCGGCCCCCGUGUUGACACCUGGUCAAAAGAGGGCUGCUGAUGCUUCCAACCCCUCUCGCCUCACGCCCCUCACCUGGCCAAUUGCCAGAGGUCGUCGUCAAUUCGCUGACGGGACCACCGACUGGAAGGGGUUGGAGGCCAUUGUCAGAGAGGGAGCCGUCGUCGAGAUCGACGAUUCGGACGAGGAGUCUCCCUCUCCAGCCCCUACCUCGGCGACCCCCGCGCCCGCUCCCACCCUCGCUCCGAGUUCAACUCUCGCCACCAUCCCUACGCCUGCUCCCGGACCUACACCGACUCCUGCACCCACAUCAACGCCUGCUCCCGCGCCUACCCUGACUCCUGCACCCACGUCGACGCCUGCUCCCGCGCCUACCCCGACUCCUGCACCCACGUCGACGCCUGCUCCCGCGCCUACCCCGACUCCUGCACCCACGUCGACGCCUGCUCCCGCGCCUACCCCGACUCCUGCACCCACGUCGACGCCUGCUCCCGCGCCUACCCCGACUCCUGCACCCACGUCUGCGUCUGCGCCUCCCCCUGCUCCCGUCUUACCGACAACUGCCACCGCAGCGCUAAGGCCAGCGCCUGCCCAUAUUCCAAGCCCUGGUCUCUCCCCCCUUCCGCUGGCAGCUCCCGUGACGGGAAGGACAGGGCCGCAGCAUCCUGACCCAUCGCUUUUGGCCCCGAGCAACCACAGCUUCGUCAACCAUAAGCGUGCGGGAAGUGUUGGUAUGGAGGGAGGUGACACCAAAAAGGCCCGCAUGACGCCGAAUCCCAUCCCUCCGCAUCCUCAGUUGACGUCGACAUCGUUCUCGCCUGGUCAUUCCCUCGUCUCCAAUGCCGGCUGGAAUUGGCCUGGUCCCCACCCUCAUCACCUGGCCGCUACGGCAUCCACCUCCGCUCCUAUGCGAGCUCCGAUGGAUUACUCGAUGGGUGGAAAUGUUCCCGUCAACCCCGCGACACUCGGCCUCCUUCAACAACUUUUCCUGGCCCAACAGGUCUCCCACAACGGUGGUAUGUCAUCUGCGCCCUCUGGGUUCCUGACUCCGGGCCUCGAUCAUCCUUCGCUCGGUCAGUCGGCUUCCAACAUUAACCUCGACCCGAAUGUGCUGUACAACAUGUUGAACCAGCAAAACCAGCAGCAAUUUGGUGGAGGCCAACAGCAGUACGGCGGAGCCCAGCAGCAGUUCGGAGUGGUGUGGGUGUACCGGGAACUGUAUGAAUCCCAAUCAGCAUUCCAGGUGCAACAUUUUUGCUCGUUUCUCUGUCGCCUAAACUAA